UCUCACGUUUUUUUGCUCCGACAGCGUCUGUUCAUAAGACCUACUCAGCUUUCUCUCCUCCGACACUCGCUUUGUUUCCGCCUCUCUCUCUCUCUCUCUCUCUCUCUCUCUCUCUCUCUAUAGACCCACGACAACGCCAGCUACGAUGGCCGCCGAGAGUCUCCACUCUCUGGCCCUCCUCCUCAUCCUCCUCCUGCGCGCCGCCGGCACCGCCUCCUCCGACGACUCCGCCGUCAUGUCCGAGAUCCUCACCAAACUCAGUCCGCCGGGCUGGUCCUCGAGCCAGACGUACUGCAAGUGGAAAGGCGUCACCUGCGACUCCUCCUCCUCCUCGCGCGUCACCGCCAUACACCUCGCUUCCUCCUCCCUCUCCGGCGUCCUCCCCUCAGAUCUCUCGUCCCUCUCCCAGCUCCAAACCCUCUCCCUCCAGCAGAACUCCCUCUCCGGCGCCCUCCCUUCCUUCUCCGGCCUCGCCUUCCUCCAGUACCUCUAUCUUGACGGCAACAACUUCACCUCCGUCCCCGCCGGCGCCUUCAAGGGCCUCACCAGCCUCCAGACCCUCAGCCUCAGCGGCAACCUCGUCCUCGCUCCCUGGCCGAUCCCGCCGGAGCUCAUUAACUCGACGUCCCUCGUCACCUUCUACGCUGACAACGCCAACAUCGUCGGCACAAUCCCCGGCUUCCUUGGUUCCCUCCCGAACCUGCUGAAUUUGAGGGUCUCCUACAACAACCUCACUGGAACCCUCCCCUCCUCCUUCGGCGGUUCAACGAUCCAGAGCCUCUGGCUCAACAACCAGGCGACGGGGCUGUCCGGCGGCAUCAACGUGCUGGCCGGGAUGACUGAUCUGACCCAGGUCUGGCUCCAGAAGAACCAGUUUACAGGUCCAAUCCCCGAUCUCUCGAAAUGCACUACUUUGUUCGAUCUCCAGCUUAGGGACAACCGGUUCACUGGGGUUGUGCCCACCUCGCUGUUGGCACUCCCCAGCUUGCAAAAUGUGUCCUUGGAUAAUAAUAAGUUGCAGGGUCCUGUCCCUAGUAGUAGUAGAGGAAUUCACAUCACUUAUGAUGGUACCAAUAGCUUUUGCAACACUGCGCCCGGCCCUUGCGACCCACAGGUUGCUGCACUGCUAGAGGUCGCCGGUGCAUUGGGGUAUCCGAUCACGCUGGUGGAUUCUUGGAAUGGGAAUGAUGCUUGCCAGGGCUGGAGUGCCAUUUCUUGCCAGGGGACGAAUGUGACCACUGUUACUUUCUCGAAGCGGGGGUUUAGUGGGACCAUCUCGCCUGCGUUUGCGAAUCUCAUCUCGCUCCGUACGUUGCUGUUGAAUGAUAAUAAUCUGACCGGCCCUAUUCCGGAUAACUUGACUACACUGACGCAGCUUCAGGUUCUUGAUGUGUCGAACAAUAAUCUCAGUGGGUUGAUACCGGUUUUCCCAACCUCAGUGAAAUUGACUACUACUGGUAAUCCAUUCAUUGGUAAACUGAGCCCUGGUGGCGGUAGUUCACCAUCCGGGACGAAUUCGACUUCUGGCGGCUCACCUGGAAGGUCAAAUGGUUCUUCUCUUUCAGGCGGUGUGAUUGCUGCUGUUGUCAUAGGGGUCCUUAUUUUCAUUGGGGUGGUGUUGUUUGUCUUGUAUAAAUUCUGUUACAUCAACCGACGACACAGGAAAUUCAAUAGGGUAGACAAUCCGGAAAUCGGGAUGGAAGUAGCUAAGAAUGGGGCCAUGAAUGGUGUGAAUGGGUUUGGUGGGCUUCCAAGUGAGUUGCAUAGCCAAAGCAGUGGAGACCAUAGUGAUUUUCCUGUUUUUGAAGGAGGAAAUGUUGCAAUUUCAAUUCAAGUCCUUAGACAAGUGACUCAUAAUUUCAGUGAAGAGAAUAUAUUAGGAAGAGGUGGUUUUGGUGUUGUUUACAAAGGGGAGUUGCACGAUGGCACCAAAAUUGCUGUUAAGAGAAUGGAAUCUGGGGCAAUGGGCACCAAGGGAAUGAAUGAAUUCCAAGCUGAGAUUGCGGUACUUACGAAAGUGAGGCACAGGCACUUAGUCGCGCUUUUGGGGUCUUGUAUAAAUGGUGAUGAGAGGCUUUUAGUGUAUGAGUAUAUGCCACAGGGAACUCUCACGCAACAUUUGUUCGAGUGGCAAGAGAAGGGGUAUGCACCUCUGACUUGGAAGCAGAGGGUGACCAUUGCUUUGGAUGUUGCUAGAGGGGUGGAAUACCUGCACAGUUUAGCCCAACAAAGUUUUAUCCAUAGGGAUUUGAAACCAUCGAACAUACUCCUGGGAGACGACAUGAGAGCCAAAGUUGCUGACUUUGGUUUGGUUAAAAAUGCUCCUGAUGGGAAGUAUUCUGUGGAGACACGUUUGGCUGGAACUUUUGGGUAUCUAGCUCCUGAGUAUGCAGCCACUGGAAGGGUGACUACAAAAGUUGACGUUUACGCAUUUGGUGUUGUCUUGAUGGAGAUCAUUACCGGUAGAAAAGCAUUAGAUGACACCAUGCCGGAUGAGAGGGCCCACUUGGUGACUUGGUUUCGUAGAGUUUUGAUUAACAAGGAAAACAUCCCGAAAGCUAUCGACCAGACUCUCAACCCCGAUGAAGAAACCUUAGAGAGUAUAAUCAAAGUUGCUGAGCUGGCAGGUCAUUGCACUGCUCGGGAACCGUUCCAAAGACCAGACAUGGGCCACGCUGUCAAUAUCUUGGGUCCCCUCGUGGAGCAAUGGAAACCAACUAGCCAUCAAGAAGAAGAAAGCUCCGGUAUCAACCUCCACAUGAGCCUUCCUCAAGCCCUGCAAAGAUGGCAAGCUGACGAAGGCACUUCCUCAGUGUUCAACACUAUGUCCUUCUCCAAUACGCAGUCUAGCAUUCCCCCAAAACCUUUGACAUUUCCAGACUCAUUUAGUUCAACUGAUUGCCGGUGAGGAAAGUAAUGGGAAAAAAUUUGGUCCGGUUGGCCAUGUAAAGUCUUUGAUGAAUGGGUCGCCAGCGGAAAGAGAGAUUAAGUUGAUGUCGUGAAAAGUUGGUUCACAGCUAUCGAAAAUAGACAAUGCAGCUGGCUGUACGAGCAAGUGGUCACGAUUGGUACCGUGCGGUCUUGCUUCCAUAAGUGUUAUGUUUUCCUUUCAAUCCAGAGUCGGUAUGAGUUCACCAUUUCUUUAUCCCCCCUUUUUGUAUAUGAUCUCUUCUUUUUCUUUUUUUGCAUUCUUGGAUUCUUUGAGGAGAUGAUUGACUAGUGGAUUCUUAUCGGAGAAAGGAAUACUAAAUUUGCCUGGAAUUAUGUUCCU